AUGCUAAUGGCUAAUUACAUGAGAUGCAGCCUUACUCUUCGGAGUAUAGGUUUAAGAUCUCAGUUUAGGCUGUUUUCAUCUUCAAUAUCGUCAAGAAAGGAAGUAGCUGAGAAUCAGAAUGUGCAAAGUAUUAAUGCAGUUACAGCUCGUAUGCUGAAGAUUGUUCCUGACACGUCUGAUAUGGUUACUCUGGAAAAGCAAGAUGAACUGAUCAGAAGAAAACGUAAGCUUGCGAAGGAUUUAACGAAGAUGAAGAAGAUGAAACCAGUUUCCCCUGGUCUUAGAUGGUACCGUGCACCAAUUUAUCCAUAUCUACACAAGGGCAAGCCAGUUCGUAAAUUGACUGUUGCAAAGAGAGGUACUGGUGGUAGAAAUAAUACAGGUAAGAUUACUGUUAGGCAUAGAGGUGGUGGUCACAAGAGAAGAAUUCGUCUAGUUGAUUUCUACCGUAAAGAUGUAGGCCCGCAUACUGUUCAAAGAAUUGAAUAUGAUCCUGGUAGAACGGCCCAUAUUGCAUUGCUGAAAAAUAACAGUACCGAAAAGCUCAGUUAUAUUUUAGCGUGUGAAGGUUUAAGGGAAGGUGACGUUGUGGAGUCGUUUAGAAACGGUAUAUCUAAGGAACUCAUGGAAGAAAUGGGUGGAAAAAUCGACUCUGCUAUGCUUUCUGUUCGAACCUCCCAAAAAGGUAACUGUUUGCCAAUUUCCAUGAUUCCUAUCGGUUCUAUUAUUCACAACAUCGGAGUAGUUCCAAAUGGUCCCGGAAAGUUCUGUCGUUCUGCAGGUGCAUAUGGCCGCUUGUUGUCCAAGAUUCCUGAAAAGAAGAGGGCUAUUGUGCGUCUGCAGAGUGGUGAAGAAAGAUAUGUGUCGUUGGAAGCAUGCGCAACUCUCGGAAUUGUAUCAAAUAUUGACCACCAGAAUUCAUCGCUAGGUAAAGCGGGUAGAUCUAGAUGGAGAGGCAUUAGGCCAUCAGUUAGAGGUGUUGCAAUGAACAAAUGUGACCAUCCUCAUGGUGGUGGUAGAGGUAAGUCUAAAUCCAACAAGCUUUCUAUGUCCCCAUGGGGUCAAUUGGCUAAGGGUUACAAGACUAGAAGAGGAAAGAACCAGAAUAGAAUGAAGGUAAGAGACAGACCAAGAGGUAAACGGAAAUCGAAAUGA